UCAGUCUCUUGGAGAUGCUGACGAAAAUAAGUAAGCAUUUGAAGAAAUCAGAAAACUAAACAGAUCAGCAAAGCACGUCUCGGUAGCCACCUUUUUUAAUUGGUUUUUGAUCCCCAAACUUCUCACCGAUUCACAAUUUUAAGAAUUUGGAAAAUCUGGACCUCCUGUAGUUCAGAUGAUAUAAGCAUUUACCAAUAAACGAGCAUCAAAGUCAGAGAAACUAAUUCGAGGAUGAGGGCAGUUGUGCUAGUUGCCAUUGCGGCUGCCAUUGGCAACAUGUUGCAAGGAUGGGACAAUGCAACUAUAGCAGGAGCUGUGCUUUACAUUAAAAGGGAAUUUAACUUGCAAAGCCAGCCAACCAUAGAAGGGCUAAUUGUUGCAAUGUCGCUUAUUGGAGCUACGGUUAUUACAACAUUUUCAGGACCUGUAUCUGAUUGGCUUGGACGCCGUCCAAUGCUAAUAAUAUCAUCAGUUCUUUAUUUUAUCAGUGGAAUGGUAAUGUUGUGGGCUCCAAAUGUUUAUGUGCUCCUUUUGGCAAGGCUAUUGGAUGGUUUUGGAAUCGGUCUUGCUGUUACUCUUGUUCCAGUCUAUAUAUCUGAGACGGCGCCACCAGAAAUUAGAGGACUGCUAAAUACCCUUCCACAGUUUACUGGUUCUGCUGGCAUGUUUUUGUCAUAUUGCAUGGUAUUUGGAAUGUCAUUAAUUGAGUCACCUAGUUGGAGGUUGAUGCUUGGAGGUAUGCAGAUUUCAGAAGGCAAAAUUAUUCGAGGAUUCCUUCUCUUGCUGAAUGUUGAGUAA